CGUCAAAACAAUUAUUUGUGUUGUUGUUGUGUUGUUGUUUCCUUAAUUUUAUGUCUUGUUUGUUGUAGGCCAUUGUACGCUAUAUUAUAUUAUAACUCUCUUCGAUGUCUUGUUAGAAUUUAAACCGUUUGUUGUUUAUAUCGCGCGCGAUUCUCAUCUUUUGUAAAGCGGAGUUGAAAUUCAAUUACAGAAUUUAACCAGUAAUAGAGGCGAACGGUCGCGGUGCCUGAUGCUUCGUCCGCGGUGUUCGUGUUAUUGUUAGUUGGUGCGCUCUCUAAUAGAUCCCUCCCUAGUACCUAUAUCUCGAGAGGAUCAGCUAUGAUAUCGCCUUCGGAUCUGUGGGUGCAGCUGAAGUCGCUGGGGCGCGGCGCGCGGCUGGUGCCGUUCUACAAGGCGGUGUGCGUGUACUUCGUGGCGGGCGGCGGCGCGCCCUCGCCCUCCGCCGCCGCGCUCAAGUGCGCGCCCGUGCUCUGCCUGCUGCUGUGUGUGCUGCUGGCGACCCGCGCCGCGCCCAGCCACCACGCUGGGUACGCGCGGCGCGUGUGCGCGGGGCUGGCGCUGUCGGCGCUGGGCGACGCGCUGCUGGUGUGGCCGCAGCACUUCGUGGCCGGCAUGGCGGCGUUCGCGGCUGCGCACGUAGCCUACAUCUGCGCCUUCGGGUUGCGGCCUCGCCGCGCGCUGCUCGGCGCCGCGCUGCUGGGCGGCGCGCUGGCGUACGCUCGGCUGGUGCCGGCGCCGGGCGCGCUGCGGCCGCUCGUGCCCGCCUACGCGCUGCUGCUGAGCGCCAUGGCGUGGCGCGGCGCCGCCCGCCCGGGUGCUCAGCGCGCCGGCGCAUUGCUGUUCCUGCUCUCUGAUGCAAUCCUGGGCUACAGCCUGUUCGCCGAGCCCUUGCCGCACGCGCAGGUGCUGGUGAUGUCGACGUACUACCUGGGCCAGCUGGGCAUCGCACUCAGCGCGUUGGAGCCGCGCGUGCGGCACCAACGCGCCGCGCACUAGCGCCCACACCAACCUACGCCAGAUCUUCCUCUGUAGGGCGUUGUUACGAAGCUGUAGUUGUCUUAACGUGGCGGUGAGAUGGGCCGAGGGUACGCGAGGUAUUCUGCUGCAGUGUAUAACAUUGAAGGGAAAAUACGCCGCGACGUAAAUACAUUCUGUGGCUGGAGUUCCACUACAUUUCUCCCAGUCUUAAACUAUUGUAGUCGUAAGAUUUAUCAGUGGAAGCUCAGGAAUCAGGGAGCGGCAGAACACUGCUCGCGAUGAAUGUGUUCGUUUGUGUAAUGGAAUUUGAUGUUUACAGUCAAAAUAUAUUCUGUCAAAAAUAUUUUAACUGAAAAAAUAGUCAAAGCAUAUCGAAAGUUUACAUAAGUUAUAAGAGAAGACUAUACAUCUAUAAUACAACCACCAUCAAAAAAUGCUUGUUUGGUGGCCGACGUGGUGCGUACUACGAGAGAUAUUGAUGUCUGUGAUAUGCUGUGAGCGAGUUAGAUAGCCCCAUGUAACCCAUAUAGCAAUAUGUCUUCCUCUCGAAUGUUUGGUGUGCUGAGAGCGCGUUUUGGCUCGCGAGUGAUUGGUCCGCCAGGCACGCACCCUGACGCGACGUGCGGUACGCGACGCAGCCACAAGAGCAGCCGGCGCGCGCUCGUCAAGUGCGAAAACUAAAUUAAAUCCAGUGCUGCUUUUGACAGGAGAGAUAAUUUCAACAUUAGAUAUAAAUGAGUAGAAAGCAGAUACCCAUUGUAGUACACCCAUUGUAGCACUAAAGACUUUUACAUAUAUAUACGAGUAGCUUUGGUUUAUAAGUUAUAUGUAAGUUAUAAGUUAUACAUAUUUGUAGUGCCAAUAGCAUUUUAUUGGUUUAAAAUAUCAUAUUCUGUGAGCUCAAAAAUUUUUUCUUGCAAUGUUGUAUAAAUAGGUACAUUGUAUUUUUGUUAACAAUGUAUUUCUCCAAUGUACCCCCUAGGUAGGCUUAAGUCCACUCAUUGGGACACACGUUCAAGUUUUUAGACUAUUUAUAAAUGCAAAUGAAUAAUUGUAAUUCCAAAACGGAAUAACUUUAGUAUUAGGUACUUAAGUAAGUAUA